AGUUACCCCCCCCCCCCUCCUUCUGCCACGUACGGAUCAGAGUUCCUUCGCUUUUUUCUCUUGUUUUGAGCCGAAAAGGGAGUUUUUCCGACGCCAAAUUCGAUGGAAGAGAAGGAAGGAACCACCAGAAUGAAGCUAAAGGGGACGAGAGCCACGUAUGCCGCAUGUGUCUUGUGCGCUGUCUUCACACCGGUGAUAUUGGCUCCAGUAAAUGAAUCAAAGCAGCUUGACGCAAGUUUGCCUCUGACCACUUUCGGUAACAGUGCAAAUAUCGCGUCGUUUGCCUUGGCAAAUCUUAGUGCUUUAGGGGCUGCCGACAAACCAUCAGAAAAUAAUAUGGACAACCAGCAGCCUCCUGGGAAUUCUGCUCCAACGGUAAUAGGUCCAAGCUCUGCCGAUAACCCUCCUGCAGAAAAACCAUCGUCCACUGUGGACGUCAAAAAAGAAGUAGAGAAUGUAGUCACAGCUGAGGCCCAAGAAACAGUUGUAGAUAAAAGUGUGCCUCCAAGCCCUGAGUCCCAGUCGCCAGACUCAGAAGCUAGUGCCAAAAAGGAUAAUGCAGACCAAGGGCAAGGCCCACCACCACCACCACCAGCACCUAGAGAGAGUGAAACACAGGUAUUGGAAGAGAAAAAGGAGGUGGCGGAAGCAGCAGACCCAUCCGGAAGUGCACCCCAGGUGUUAGCCAGCGGAAGUACUGAGGCUCAGGGAGGGGAGGUUAAGAAAGUCAACCCUUCUCCGUUGCCCAGUGAGAGUGCAAUGACAGUAGGAGCCAAACCUGAGGAGACUCAAGCUUCUCGAAUCUCAGAUCCAGAGAUCCCUCAGGAGACACAGAAUAAAGCCAACGAAACACAAGGUUUGGUUGUUACAGAUGAACAGGCACAGGAGCCCCAGCAGAAUGCUGACCAGGCAAAGGAGUCUCAACCAAGUGCUGUCCCAUCAGAGAUUGCCCAAAGUGCACCUGUUGAGCCCCCAAAGUUGCCUGAGCAGAGUGCUGCUGAGACACAGGAACCAAAGCCCGUGAAGGAAGAAACACAAAAACCUGAUGUAUCUGAAGUCGCAGCACAGGUGCCAAAGGAACCAGAGCAACAGGCAGAAAACACACAGGACUCUGAUGCAGUGGUGGAACAACCCAAGGAGCAGGAACAAACCGCCAACGAGACACAAGAACAACCAGAACAGCUGGCAGUGGACGAAGAAGCCAAGGGGACAGACACAGAGGACAAUCUUAUUGAAGAAAACAUCAACAACGACGAUGAAAAUAGGGAACAGUACGAAAACGACAUAGCUGUUGUGGAUAAGCCCAUAAACGAUUACUCGUACACCAUGGACAGCUCUCAGCAGAGCUCCAUGGCAACCGAUAUGCAGGCUAAUAAUCCUUCCUUCAGUGAUCAGCUAGGCAAAGAUAGUGAAGACGGCGGAGAGCUCACCAUCAAAAAUAGAGAAAUAUUCACCGAUGACGAGGAUUCCCACUUCUUUGCGUACUUCCUCACCAUCAUGGUCUCGGCCAUCAUCUUCUACCUGGUUUUCCAUAACAAGCAACGGAUCAUCGCUCUCAUCAUCGAAGGCCGCAGCCCUGGGGAGAGACGAGGCCGCAGGUCGUCCUCCAGAGGGAAGUACCACAAGCUGGACAACAACCUGGAGGAGGCGAUCACAGCCACGAAAGGCGCAAACACAUGAUAACCUGUGUCGUCAGCUGGGCCUGAACCCCUCAGACAAUGAGACACUGACAAGGGGUUAACAGUUUGGAAGUUUGGGCAAGCCUCCACUUCAACGAGCUGCCAUGAACACAGGCAUGGAUUCUUGGUCCCUCUUCCUUUUUCAUCUUCCUCUGUGUUUUGCGAUCAUACCUCGUACCCUGUUGGAUUUAUUUCUGUUUGUUCCUCGCUUGGACACGUCGGUGUCAGGAGGUGCAAGAUGUUCUUUCCACGGUUGAGCUUUUCUUUGCACUGGUGCUGUGGUGUGCUUGAAACCCUUCACUCCUGUAAGGCACACUGGGUCCUUUUCGUGGCAUCCUCUGUAUGCAGUGGCACUGUGCCUCUUGAUUCAACAUUCUGAAGUCCCCCUCCCCACCUCUUGCUUGGGAUGCCUGCUUCUUCGUCCUGGCAUUUGUCUAUCCACCUUGUCCCUUAUAGAGGCACUUACUAGAUGGGUAUUUUAGUGUUAUAAGUAGUAUAGUGUUUUUCUUUUAUUUCUGUUCUUGUUACCUGUUAGUCUGUAGCAGCUCUUCCUAUUGCUGCCCAUCACCUUUUCUCCCUCAGAUAACCAAAAUGUUAAGUCAAUUUUUCACUUCUUCUUUUUCUUUUUCUUCUUUUUCUUCUUCUUUGUCAUAUUAUUAUUAUUAUUUUUAUUAUUAUUAUUAUUAUUGUUAUUAUUAUUAUUAUUAUUCCUGUCUUUUCUUAAUUUUACUCCCCACCCCCCCUUCCCCUAUGAUGUUUUUUGCUCUGUCCGCAGUGCAGCCUUGCUAAGAUAGAUUUCCCUGCCGCUUGUCUUGUUUACUACUGUGGCUUGCAUGAGUGAAGGGAAGCCCAAGUGACUUUCCUGUGGUUUUUGAUAUAUAUAUAUUAUAUAUAUGUAUUUUUUUUUCUUUUUGUGUAUUAGCCAUCUUUUGGUUUUGUUAUUGGUAGUAUUAUGUCACUUUUCUGACAUUGGGUAGAUUUUUUCUAGGUAAUAAGAAUUUGAUAUCUGUGUGGAUAUUUCCAUUCUACAGCUCAAGAUAGAAAAGGUAUUUGUGUGCUGAUUGAGAACAGAGACAUGGUUGCACUGGAAAAUGUUAUACGUUUUAUAUAUAUAUAU